AUGGCUUUCUUGAGCAGCAGCAGCAGCAGCAGCAGCAGCAGCGCCAACACUUCGUACAGCAGCAGCAGCAGCAGCAGCAGCAGCAGCAGCAGCAGCGAUGUCUGUGACCGCGCAGCGAUACAGCAGGUCCUUAAGCUCGGCACAGAGCAGCAGCAGCAGCAGCAGCAGCAGCAUCAGUACAACUACAGCAGGGUUUGUUGUUUUCUGCAGUCUAUGCGGCUGGGCACGCUGGUGCUGCCUCAAGAGGGCGCGAGGGACUUCAUCGCCGCUAUCGGAACCACCGUAAAAGUGCAGAUUGAAGAUCCUGUCUACACAUCCACAUAUAAACAGCAGCACCGCAACCACCACCAAAACCACCGCAACCCCCGCAACCACCCCCACCACCACCACCACCACCACGACCACCAGCAGCAGCAGCAGCAGCAGCAGGAGCAGCAGCAGGAGCAGCAGCAGGAGUGUGAGGAAGAGCUGGCGGUGGUUUCCUUUGCUGCUUCGCAGUUGAGGUCUUCCUUUCAGUCCCCGUGGCGCCUCGAUCCCGGGUCAGCAGCAGCAGCAGCUGCAGCAGCAGCAGCAGCUGCUGCUGAGGAAGCUAAAAUAGCAGCGACUGCUGCCGCUGCUGCUGCUGCUGGUGCUGCUGCUGUUGCUGCUGCUACUGCUGCUACCGCUGCUGCUGAGGAAGCUAAAAUAGCAGCGACCAGCACCUGCAGCAGCAGCAACACGCUGCAGCAGCAGCAGCAGCAGCAGCAGCAGCAGCAAAACAACACUCCCAGCGCAGCAACCGCAGACCCUCACGCGCGGUACACAGUCACUGUUAGCUCGUCUUCUGCGCGUCGACGGCGGCCGACGCAGCUGCCGGGCAGCAGCAGCAGCAGCAGCAGCAGCAGCAGCAGCUGGCAUGCAGAUGUGCAGCAGCAAGAGAAGCAGCAAACAUUUCCCUAUUCUGCUUCGAGGAGACUCCUAGGGGCUGGGGGUUUAGCCGCCAUGGAGAGCGAGCUCAGUGGUUUGGUGUUUUCUUCUGUUGCGGGAAUAGUAGCAGCAAAAGACCAGGAGCGGUUUGCUCGAGCGAUGUUUCGUUCUACACGGGGAAACGCAUUUACACAUUUUAAGAGAUUAGAGGAGGAUGAGCUUUCUGCCUACCCGCACGGGGAGGAACCAAAGUCUCUGUUCGUUACAUACUUCCAGGGGGCGGCGACGGGCUCUGCCUUCAUGGAGAAAGUGAAAUGUGUGUGCUCUGCUAUGGGGGCUCGUACAUACAGCUGGCCGCACAGCGGCGCUGAGGCGCAGCAGCGGCAGCAGCAGCUGCAGCAGCUGCUGCGAGACAAAGCAGCAGCAGCAGCAGCAUACGAGCAGUAUUUUCUGAAUGAAGUUGGGGUUUUUCUUGAGGCUGUACCUGCAUCGAAUUUACCUUUAAUAUCAGCAGCAGCAGCAGCAGCAGCAGGCAGCAGCAGCAGCAGCAGCAGGAGUACGCAGGAGGCCCCUCAUCACUGA